GCGCCCGAGGCGCAGGGGCGCAGGCAGGCGGCCUCGCUCGCCCUGGCGGCGGCGGCGGGCGCGGGGGCGGCGGGCCCCGCGGCGGCCGAGGAGGAUAGCUUCACCAGCAAGCUCAUCAAGGAAGCGCGGAGAAAGGCGAAGGAGGACGCGGAGUCCGGGUCGAUAUUCAACGUGAACACGUACAAGAUCCCGACCCAGAAUUACAACAAUUCCGACUUGCAGAGCUACCUCCCGACGGUGAUCCUUGCGCGCCGCGCCUUCGACACGGCCGUCUCCCAGCUGAAGAGCCCCCGCAUCAAUUCCUCCGACCCCUACACGUACGAGCUGCUGCGGCAGCAGAACCGCAUCCCCCCGAUCCGCCUGCUGCGGAAGGACAUAUUCAGGGCGAAGAGCUGGCUUAGGGACCGUACCGGCAACUUCGAGGCAGGGGACCGCGAGUACGAGCGGGUCAAGCGCGCGAUCGACGAGCAGGACACGCAGUGCCUCCUGCUCUCGAGGAGCGAGGAGCAGCUCCUCAAGUCGUCGGUCAAGGUUGCGGUCCGCAACUCCCAGGCCGUCGUGGACGCUAUCGACGACUUCUUGGAUAUCCUGCCACAGGAGGAGGUCGACACGGCCAAGCUCGUGGCCGAGACGAAGAAGAUCCAGUUUUUGCGCCUCCCGGCCACCAGGAAGGCCAACGCCACUGCGGACGGGGACGGCCUGAAGAAGUCGCUCAAGGUCGAGGAGAUCUCGCCCGGCGCCGACCUGGCCAAGCUCCGGCCCGACCUGGCGCCGAGGGACUGA